GUGGCCUGCCUCGACCUUGCCGUAAGAGCCCCGCGGUCUCGCGCACUCUUUCUCUCGCUCGCUCACUCACUGCUUCAACCGGACGUCGCUUUUGCUUUGCCGGAUCCGCCAAGAUGUCGCUCUCCCACAAGCUCACCCUCGAUAAAGUCGACGUGAAGGGCAAGCGCGUCGUCAUGAGGGUUGAUUUCAAUGUACCAAUGAAGAACAACCAAAUAACCAACAAUCAAAGAAUCAAGGCAGCAAUCCCAAGCAUCAAGCAUUGUCUGGACAAUGGUGCCAAAUCUGUAGUAUUGAUGAGUCAUCUGGGCCGCCCCGACGGAGUUCCAAUGCCUGAUAAAUUUUCUUUGGAGCCAGUAGUAGCUGAACUCAAAUCACUGCUUGGCAGGGACAUCAUAUUCCUGAAAGACUGUGUGGGAUCAGAGGUAGAGUCAGCUUGUGCCAGUCCUGCAGAUGGCUCCGUAAUUCUCUUGGAAAACCUCCGAUUCCAUGUAGAAGAAGAAGGAAAAGGGAAGGAUCUUUCAGGCAAUAAGAUCAAGGCUGAUUCUGCAAAAGUGGAUGCUUUCAGAGCAUCACUUUCUAAAUUAGGAGAUGUUUACAUUAAUGAUGCUUUUGGGACUGCACAUAGAGCUCACAGUUCCAUGGUUGGGGUCAAUCUGUCUCAAAAAGCUGCUGGCUUUCUAAUGAAGAAAGAGCUGGAUUAUUUUGCUAAAGCUCUGGAGAGCCCAGAACACCCCUUUUUGGCAAUCCUUGGAGGAGCUAAGGUUCAGGAUAAGAUUCAGCUAAUCAAUAACAUGCUGGAUAAGGUCAAUGAAAUGAUUAUUGGUGGUGGAAUGGCCUUCACCUUCCUCAAAGUACUCAACAAUAUGGAGAUUGGCAACUCUUUGUUUGAUGAAGAAGGAUCAAAAAUAGUCAAAGACCUGAUGGCCAAAGCUGAGAAGAACGGUGUCCGGAUCACUUUGCCUGUCGACUUUAUCACUGCAGACAAAUUUGAUGAGAACGCUAACACUGGGGUAGCUACCUUGGCCUCUGGCAUCCCUGCAGGCUGGAUGGGAUUGGAUUGUGGCCCUGAAAGCACUAAGCUCUUUGUCGAAGCUGUGGGCAGAGCCAAGCAAAUUGUGUGGAACGGCCCAGUUGGUGUCUUUGAGUGGGAGAAGUUUGCCAAAGGAACCAAAGCCGUGAUGGAUAAAGUAGUGGAAGUUACCAGCAAAGGCUGCAUCACCAUUAUCGGUGGAGGAGACACUGCUACCUGCUGUGCUAAAUGGAAUACGGAAGAUAAAGUUAGCCAUGUUAGUACAGGAGGUGGAGCCAGUCUGGAACUUCUAGAAGGUAAAGUUCUUCCAGGUGUCGAUGCUCUGAGCAGCGUGUAAUGCGUAGAACGUGGGAUAAAUGAACACCCCUUAUCUGACUGUUCCUCUGCGCCAGCAUUUAAAGUAGAUACUGACUGUUCAAGCAGCAGAGCACAUGCUGUACACUGGAAGCAAGCGGAAUCAGGCUCUGUUCUGUAAAGAUGACUGUUUACAUAAUGCUGAUUUGUCUGUUGCUAUCUCAUCUGACUUACUGUGUUGCUAAAGCAGCUUCUGUUAUUUUCACAGUGUACAUAUCCAUAUUUUAGCCUUUUAAAACAGGUGGUUCCCUGAUGUCAGAUUUUCAAAACCAUCAGUUUGCUUCUGUGGUACUUUAGCUGCUUCACACAAUCCACAAGCAGGCAAAGAACAUACAUUUCAGGAUAUGAAUGUAAGCUUUCAAAUAAAUGUUUAAGUGUGAGUAGAAA